CCAGCUGUCUUUCUCUCAAAAUAUCCUAAUCCUUCUUUUGCAUCAGUCGUUAGCUUUUGAAAGAUGUCUUGCUGCGGUGGAAACUGUGGCUGCGGAGCUGCCUGCAAGUGCAGCAGCAGCUGUGGAGGAUGCGGGAUGUUCCCUGACCUGAGCUCAGGGAAGACCACCACCGAGACCCUUAUUGUUGGUGUUGCUCCCCAGAAGACACACUUUGAGGGAUCUGAGAUGGGCGUAGGAGCUGAGAAUGGAGGCUGCAAGUGCGGAUCCAACUGCACCUGUGACCCUUGCAAUUGUAAAUGAGAGAGAUCCUUAGCCUUUGAAGCAGAGACGAUCUUGUCUAUGGAAGCUAAUAAAUAGAGCAUGUAGUUAUGUUAUAUAUGUGUUUGUGUGCUGUGUUUCGUGACUUAUGACUUAUAACGUGUUUCUCUGAGAACUCCUUUUGGAACUCGUAUUAUAAUAAAGUAGCCACGAUUGUCUCUGCAAAUCUUACUACUAGUCUAAGGUUUGCCCUGGGUUCACUCAAACCAUGUUUGCUUGGUGUUUAGUAAGUUACGUAUGAUGGGAGUCUCUGCUGUAAUGGACUAAUAUUUAUGUGGGAAGAGUGAGAGUUUUAUUAAUUUGCCAAUGGAAACUCCUUUUCUUCUAGUUUGAGAAA